AUGGCGCAAUCUCCCUCCAGGAAGGAGGCGAUGCGCCAAGUGCGGGGCGCGGAAGGAAUGGAUGGCGUCUGGUGGACGAAAUUCGGGGCAGCAUCGAUGGAUUUCAGCCACCAGGAGCGGAUGCAUCCGUCAGACACCAUUUUCAAGAACGUGGUGGCCCACAAGAGAUGGGAUGCGGAGGCAAUGAGUCGUCCGGCACCCUUGGCUUCCCGCGAGCUCCGUGCCACGCAGAUCAGGCAUCCUGCUCCAGCCACAGAAGCGCUUGCGCCGACAAAGGCAUCGCCAGAUCUGGAAAGGAAGUUCUGGGCACAUGCGGUUACGUCGAGACAGUCUGCCAUCCGCUUGGCCGAGAAGCGGCAACGACGCAUCGAUGUGUGGGCCGGAGAAGCACCGAUUCGGCUUGCACCUGAUGCACGCCGAGAGUGGUCAGAAUCAUCACUGAGCGCAGCGAGCUGUUCUCAGGUCAGUCGGGAAGUAUACCGCAGGAAUGGCUUCCUUGUUGGCCGCACGCAGGCCCCCGUCCGGGCAAAGUCUUUAUCCCUUCAGAGCAUUCUUUUCGCUGGGGAGGUGAUGAAGGCACCUCCGAUGAACGUUCUGAGAAAACGGCCUCGCCAGUAUGAGAUGGGCUGGAAGACUCUGCCAGAACGGAGGUUCGUCUUUGAUCCGAAGAGCUUCCUUCCAGUGCCUCGAGGCGGCUGGGAUCUAAAUGAUACUAGCUGGCCAGACAUCAUUCCAGCGGGACGCCGUGGACUGGCACCCUUGCCUUGCGACAGCCACGCGGAGGAGGCAGUGGAGCCAACGGUUGGGCCAAAGUCUUGA